AUGUUGCGGCGCGGUCUGGCGCUGUGGAUUGGUGUCGAAAGCGACAUAUUCAUGUCUGUUGUGAAUGACAAGAAAUAUCUGGAGCACCGUCUUGCACUGUUAGGGAAGGAGGACCCCGUGCUGAAGCCAAAACCGCUCUCCGACGAGGAAAUUCAGCGUUUUACAACAUCGGUGGGGAGUGCCGAGUCCCUGUUCAACAAGGCGUCGGGCGCAAAACCGUCGGACGUCGUCGAUGAGACAACAGGCACGCCAAUCGGCAGCACACAACUUAGCCCCACGCGGUACGGUGACUGGGAAAGCAACGGGAGGUGCCAUGAUUUUUAA